GUUUAGGGUUCAACAGGCGGGAGUCUAUUCUACUGCAGAUUUUUUUUUUUUAGUCUUUAGGCAGCUCCGCCUUUUUCCAAAAGUCCAACAGGGCAGCGAGAUCCACAUCCUCAUUCGCAUCAUCUCAUCGUAGGACCAACCCUUUGAUCUCCUCUCGGACGACAACACCUUUGACGAAAGCAGCAGCACUGCCGGUUCGGACAUGGACGCAUACAACGACAGCACAGGCGGCAGCGCCGAUGGCGCACUCGAAAACGAUACCACCUCAGUUUAUUACAACCAUGAAGACUACACAUUUCUUCCGCUUACAGGAAUCCGCCCCAUUACACCGACGUACCUACAGAUUGCCCAAGAAGAACCCACGGCACAAACAGGGGGAUCCCACCACAAAAUCCUCGUCAUCUUAGACCUCAAUGGGACGUUACUCUACCGAUCAGACAACGCGAGGCGAACCAUCUCCCCACGACCGUUUCUGAGAGAAUUCUUGGACUUUUUGUUCGACAAUUUUCGAGUGAUGGUAUGGUCAAGUGCGCGCGAGAGCAGUGUCCGGACAAUGCUGGGAACAUGUUUCCUUGAUAAGCUGACAAAACUAGACCGUAUCUGGAGUCGAGAACACUUUCAACUCGACACGGUUGAUUUCCAUCGCAAGGUCUUGACCCUCAAGGAUCUCGAGUUCGUUUGGAGGGAGAUCGAGGCCGAAAGGGAACAGGCACCCGAGGAAGAGCUCCAGCCAGGACAGAGAUACGGAACCCAAUACGAUCAGACGAACACAGUCCUCAUUGACGAUUCACCACACAAAUCACAGCUCCAGCCCUACAAUUGCGUCCUGAUACGCGAUUUCAACAAGAAACUAUCCUUGGAGAGCACCGACAUUGAGCUGGUUAAAGUUAUGAAGUAUUUGCAGCGACUAAUCGGACAGCAGAACGUAAGCGCGUACAUUCGGAGACAUCCUUUCGAUACAACAAGCGAAGAGUUCCAGAGCAAAUCUUUCUUGAAGGGAAUCCGAUCUCUAGGGGAUGUCAGAAAAAGGCUAAAGCGAAAGCUGAGGAAAGACAGGCGCAAGGAGAAGGCUCCUCCACGCGUAGUGUUGGUGGAGUCACCGGAGGUGCUCGAGGCCAGACUAAAAAGAAAGCGACUGAAACAUCGGAAGAAGAAAGAAAACAGACAAGGAAGAUUGGAAGCGCCGCAGAAGGAGCAGAGGGAGGAGCGGGUAAAGACGAAGAUGAAGGUGAGGGUGAAUGCAAAGAAGGCGAAGGUAAAUGCGGAUGCUGCCCAAUAGAGACCAUUAAGACAGCUGGGGUUCUUUGCAAGCAUGCCUACAAGCAUUGUGUGUCAUACUAUCUUACUAUCUUAUCCUAUAUCCUCUUUAUUGCGUGCAAGCGUUCUUUUUACUAUAUACACAUUCCUGAAAAAAAAAACUCCUCCAUCAGCAUAUCUCAAAUAUCUUCACGAAUAAAAAUUAUUUUACAUGG